AUGUCGAAUCCUGCCGCAGUAUGGACAGAGCACCGCACGCCCCAGGGUCGGCCCUACUGGUUCCACACUAUCGAGCGGCGCUCGGUGUGGGAGAAGCCGUCAGAGCUCAAGACGCCCCGCGAGCGUGCACUCGAAGCCACGCCGUGGAAGGAGUACAAGUCUGGCGAACGCUCCUACUACGUCCACAGCGUCACCAAGCAGUCCACUUGGACGCUGCCUCCCGAGCUCAAGCAGAUCCUCGACCAGUAUCCGGCGGACGGUAGUGCCGCUAGUCCCGCAUCCACGGGGACGCCAUCUUAUGGCAACAAUGCACACUCGCCCGCCCUGGCACAGUCGGCCAACAAUGCCGUGCCUAGUCCGUUCCCAGCAACAGGUCAUCUGUCACCACUCGCAUCGACUCCAAUGUCUUCAAGAACUCCAGGCGCGCUCUCUCCCAAUCCGAUGUCCCGGGCCUCGGGCUCCAACACACCUCUCGCUGGCUCGGCGGCGCCUUCUUUUAAUCCAGCGGGAUCAGCUCGAGGCUCGAAUAUGGCUCAGUCCAUGUCGGGUGCGAUAGAGCUCAACUUCAAGGGCGACAAAGAAGCGGCAGAAGCGGCAUUCAUCCAGCUGCUCGAGCAGACGGGCGUCGAUAUCGACUGGACCUGGGAGACGACGAUGCGCACCAUCAUCACCAAUCCGCUCUACAAGGCGCUCAAGACCAUCGCCGAGCGCAAGGCCGCCUUCCACAAGCACAUCGAUGCGCUCCGCACCAAGCGCGCCGAGGAGGCUGCCGCGCGUCUGGAGCAGCUCAAGCCGCAGUUCAAAAAGCUCCUCACGAGCGACGCUCGCAUCAAGAGCUACUCGAGCUUCGCCACGGCCAAAAAGUUUCUGGGCGACACGCCAGUGUGGAAGAAGAAUACGUCGGAAACCGAAGCCAAGUCGGUGUUCGCGGCGGCAAUGGGUGAGAUACGCCAGGCAGAGCAAGAGGCGGAAACCAAGCUGCGCGUGCGCAACAAGGAGAUGCUGCUCGCGCUGCUCAAGACGUUCGAGGCCGACGUGUUCACGCGCUGGCGCGACGCGCAUCGCACCAUCCUCGAGUCGCAGGAGUACACCGAGGACGAGCAUCUGGGCGCGAUGGACACGAGCGACAUGCUGGCGGUGUUUGAGGAGCUCAUGCAGUCCAUCGAAAAGGACGCCGAGGCGGCCAAACGCGCCGAAGCCGAUGCGAGGCGCCGCAAAGAGAGGCAGAACAGAGAUGCCUUUCGCGCCCUGCUCAAGAAGCUUCAGGCCGAAGGACAGAUCCGCGCACGCUCCACGUGGGGUGAGGUGUUUCCGCUGCUCAAAGACGACCCAGACUUUGUGCGCGCCGUGGGUCAACCGGGCUCUACGCCGCUCGAGAUGUUCUUUGAUCUGGUCGAUGACCUGGACCAGGAGCUGGAACGCCAGACGGCCGAUGCACUGCAGCACGCGUCCAAGGCGGGCCACCAGGUGACGCCGACCACGACCGAGGCCGAGUUUCUCGACUGGACGGCUGGCUGCGGUGUGCCCGACGCCACGCUGCGCCAGAUCUACUCGGAGCUCGUCGCGUAUCUCGCCGAGGAAGAACAGCGCAAGCAGGCCGAAGAACGGCGUCGUCUGGAACGUAAGCAUCGCCACCGCAUUGAGGACCUGCGCUAUGCAUUUAAGAAGAUCGAUCCUCCCCUCGACCUCGAUGCAUCGUUUCAAGACAUCAGCGCGCGCGUCAGCGAUCUUCCAGAGUACAAAGACGCACUGGCGGACGAUGAGAGGAUCCCAGAGUGGGCGUGGGACAAAUUCGUCCGCCGACAGCGCGACAAGCUCGCCGAAGCCGACCGCACCGACUCGGAGUCAAGAAAGCGCAAAGAUCCUCCCGCUCCCAACGGCACUGCUUCGGAAGCCGCUCCGACGCAACACGCCGCUACUGCUCAGCCUAAACGCGCCCGCAGAGACGACGAAUCCGAGCCAGAAGAAGGCGAGGUCUGA